AUGCAAUCAAUGCUCCAGGCUGGAGGCUUCUUCCUCAAACCAUGGGUCAGGUCAGGGCAAAGUGGGAGGAAAGAAACUGAAGCGGAUGUCCUAAAGCCAGAGCAAGGAAACACCUUGAUUCUUCCAAACCAAAUAAGAGAAGGAGAGAACAAAGCCCUGGGCAUCGGCUACCAGGUGGACAAAGACAAACUGUACAUGCUGACGGCGGUUAACUUUUCCAAUAGGAAGAAAAAGAUGAGAGUUGGCAAAGAUCUCCUUGAAGAGGAGGUGAGAGCUGAAACGCCUAACCCACUGACGAGGAGAGCUCUCCUAAGCCAAGUUGCUGCACUGUACGACCCAAUCGGCCUAGUUGCACCGGUCAAGCAGAAGGGAGCAAUUCUCGUCCGUAAAGCAUUCCAAGAAGGAGGGGGUGGCAAGCUGACCCAAGAAACCUGGGAUCAACCUCUUUCAGAAAGACUCAGGGAAGAAGCCAUACAGCUCUUCGAGGAAUAUGCCCAGCUUGGACAGGUGAAAUUCCACAGGAGCCUCACACCGCCCGACUGGAAAGGGAAACCCUACGGCAUCACAUUUUCUGACGGAAGUGACAAAACCUAUGGUGCUGUGAUGUACGUCAGAUGGGAGACAAGUCACGGAACUGAAGUUCGAUUCGUGGAAGCAAAGGCCAAACUGACACCCCUGGACCAAAAGGGAGAUGCUGUAAAAGCAGAAAUCUGUGGCGCAGUCUUUGCUGCCAGAAUUCGGAAGUACGUGGAGAAACAUGCCCGUAUGAAGAUUGAGAAAUGGUUCCACCUACUGGACAGUCAAACAGUCCUCGGGGCCAUCCAACGAGAAUCAUACGGAUACCAAACCUUCUUCGCCAACAGAGUGGGCGAAAUCCAGAUGUCCGGGCCAGUGCAAGACUGGUGGUGGAUCAGAGGAGAUCUGAACAUUGCUGACUUAAUAACAAGAGGAGGCAAUCCCAAAGACUUAAAUGAGGAAUCCACAUGGCAAAACGGACCAGAGUUCCUGAAGUGGCCAGUGGAGGAGUGGCCUAUUCAGUCAGCUGGAGAAGUUGCAGCCCAGGCCAGGGAGAGUGUAAACAAGCUUCAAAGAAAGGCAUUCUCUGCUGCACUGACCAGAGCUCAAGCUAAGAUGAGUCGGAAAAAAGAAGACCCACUGGCCACUCCGGAAAAGGAAAGUCCCUGUGAAGAAUCGAAACCUAUUAUGCCAAGAAGAAAACCCACUAGCUGGGUGAAACAUCUUGUGGAUGUAAAAAGGUUCAGUAGCCUGACAAAACUGAUCAGAGUUGUUGCCUGGACACGACGAGCUGCCGAGCAGUGGCUGAAGAGGAGGUCGAACCCAGGACAACCAAAGUGGGAGGCAACACCCAAGCAGGCUGGAUUGGCUGGCACUGAACUAGAAGGUGCACGUGAAGACGUCUUCCUCGCAGCUCAAGAAGGGAGGAUCCAGAUAUUUAACGAAGAUGAGACAGCCGUGCCAGUCUUGCCAUUUGAAGCAUGGGUGUCAACAUUGCUGGCACAAGAAUCCCAUGACGCUAACCACGAGGGGGUAGCAGGAACCCUUCUACGGAUGAGGAAGACAGCGUGGAUAAUAAAGGGCCGGAGAAUUGCCAAGAAAGUAGUUGACAGCUGCAUAGUUUGCAGAAAGAACAGAGCAAAGAAGUGUCAACAAAUCAUGGCAGACUUACCUCCAGAGCGAACCACCCCAGCUGCUCCUUUUGAAUUCACAACCAUGGACCUAUUCGGCCCUUAUGAAGUGAAGGAUGAAGUCAAGAAAAGAACCAGACUGAAAGUGUGGGGAAUCGUCUUCAGUUGCAUGGCCUCCCGUGCCAUACACACUGAACUAGUGAGUGACCAGUCAUCCCAAGGCUUCCUCCUCGCCUAUCAGAGGUUCACGUCACUCAGAGGACAUCCCAGGAAGCUCUGGUCAGACCCCGGCACAAAUUUUGUGGGCGCCAAACCUGCUCUGGAACAGCUGUACACAUUCCUUGACCGACUGGACAAGUCUCAAGUCGAAGACAUGGCUGCCAACCAUGGAACAGAAUGGUCCUGGAAGAUCCACCCUGCGGAUUCUCCCCACAGAAAUGGUGCUGCAGAAGCGGCUGUCAGAGUGGUCAAACGGGCCCUGACCAAUGUCGGCGGAGAUGGUGUCUUCACCUGGGGUGAAUUUCAAACCUUCCUCUACAUGGCUGCCAACCUUGCAAAUGAGCGACCAAUCGAUGCAAGAACUCAAAGCAGGGAAGACUGUGUGGAAUACAUCACCCCGAACUCUCUGCUCCUAGGGCGUGCCAACCCUAAGGGAGAUCCUGGAGACUUCCAGUUUGAUCGCUAUCCUUAUAAAAGACUGCAAGUAAUUCAAGCUGAAGUCACCAAAUUCUGGAAGAAAUGGAGCCAACUAGCUGGACCCAACCUCUUCAUAAGAAACACAUGGCACACCAAAGAGCGAAAUGUUUCUGUCGGAGAUGUGGUCUGGUUGGCUGACCAAAAUGCCCUGAGAGGACAGUACAAGCUGGCCAGAGUAGUCAGAGCCAAUACGGACAGCAAAGGCAUCGUAAGAGACGUGCUUGUGAGGACCUUUCCCAGCUAUCCUGUCCCCAUCAAGAAGACAAGCGACAAAGAAAAACCGACCACGAAAACCAAGAGGCUCAGACAUCAAAUCCCAGCAACAAUCCUGCAUAGGGAUGUCAGACGCCUCAUCAUUCUAAUUCCCAUUGAAGAACAAAGGAAAGAAGGACCUGUGUGACCCCAUUGGGUUUUGAAAACCAUGAGGGCCAAGUGGGAGGUGUGGAGUUGAAACUCAGUGUGAAUGAAGUGUCCCUGCCCUGGAAGUAAGGAGCUGUC